AGAACACAACAUAACGCAAAGGCAAAACAGAGGAACACUUAGGUUUCAUAAGACUGAGAGACAAAAAAGAUUGGUGUGUCUGAGGGAGAAGGAGAUCUAAGACACCACUUCUCCUCUUUUUAGCUUUCACUUAAAGAAAAAAAAGAAGAAGAAAGAAUGAGUUUGUGGGGAGCGAUGGGAGGAGGAUGGGGACUGGUAGAAGAAGGUUGGAGAAAAGGGCCUUGGACUGCUGAAGAAGACCGUCUAUUAAUCGAUUAUGUGCGGCUUCACGGUGAAGGUCGAUGGAACUCUGUGGCGAGGCUCGCAGGAUUGAAGAGAAAUGGCAAAAGCUGUAGGUUAAGAUGGGUUAAUUACUUAAGACCAGACCUCAAGAGAGGACAAAUCACUCCUCAUGAAGAAACCAUUAUCCUUGAGUUACAUGCUAAGUGGGGCAACAGGUGGUCAACAAUCGCUCGGAGUUUACCAGGAAGAACAGACAACGAGAUCAAGAAUUAUUGGAGAACCCAUUUCAAGAAGAAAACAAAAUCUCCAACUAACAACGCGGAGAAGACGAAAAAUAGAAUCUUAAAGAGGCAACAAUUUCAGAAGCAAAGACAGAUGGAGUUGCAGCAAGAACAACAAUUACUUCAAUUCAACCAAAUCGACAUGAAAAAGAUCAUGUCUUUACUAAACGAUGACAACAAUAAUAAUAAUGGUGAUAAUGACUUCAGUAGCAAUAGUAGCGGCAGUUAUGGCGAAGGUGGUGUCUUCUAUGUUCCUCAUCAGAUCACAAAUCCAACACCAAAUUCUGGCCAUCACCCAAAUGGUAAUGGGGUUUUCCCGGUGGUUCCGGUGCCAGCACAUGAGGCUAACGUGAAUGAAAAUUACCCAAUUUGGAAUGGAAUAUGGAAUCUGGAUUUAUUAGAAGGACAAGGAAGCUUUGGUGACGGUGCUUGUGCCCCAAGAAAGCACUGUUUCCAGAACUGGCCUAUUCCCUUUGACUUGAGCUUUUAAGUGUCUUAUCUGCUGAAAAAAUGUCAUAACUUGACGGACAAGUUAGGUCGAGUUUGAGUUUGGUUUUGUUUUAUCUUUCCAGAUUUUGGAUUUAACAUACAGUAGUUUUGUUAUCCAUUGUGUGAUGUUAUAAGAAGCUCAUUUGGGCAA